AGCUGCUGCCCGGGAGGAAUCGUCUGUUUAGUUCCUGUGUUAGCGGUUAGAAUUGGAAGCUUCAGAGAUUGCCGUCUGGAGGGGCCCAGCAGUUGCCAGGGUUGCUUUUCUUGGUGGGUCUCACAUUAGACCUGAGCUCCUGAGCGCUGGACACAGAGGAGGAUAGUGUUUCUCCUUGCUUGGGGGUCCAGUGCGUGACAUUCGUGGUUAGGGUACUCUGACCACCGAGCAGUUGUUUCUGGAAGUGGCGUUUUGUGAGGUUCCCCCUGUUGAGGUCUGGACGUGGUUGUUGGUUGCUGGUUGAUAGGGCAAUUUUGGGAUUGCGGCGAUGGUGGGGUAGUUGUUAAAAGGGCUUCAUGGAGCCCAGUGUGAUCCUAACUGCCCAUCCUAAGAUAGAAGUAUUUAGGAGUCACCAGGUUCAGUACCUGGCCCAGAUAUUGGAAUCCGCUCUACAGCGUGCACUUCUGGAAGCUCGAAACCUCCUAACUCAGAAAGUAGACCGAUCAUUGUGUACGGGUUUAGUUCUUAGGAAGACCUCACUUUUUUCACUUUAUGUAAAUUCUAUUCAAGAGACCCCAUAAUUAAGAGUUCUUGCAGAUAACCCAAUUGUGUCACUUUGGGGAGCUAGCAUCACAGCAGUGUUGGUGAAGUUUUAGAAUCUGCCCUCUUUUGACCAGAACACACUGCAAGCACGUGAAGUUCCCUAACAAUGGACAAAUUCGUCAUUCGAACGCCUAGAAUCCAAGAUAGUCCUCAGAAGAAAGAUACUGGAGGAAAGAUUUACAAGCAGGCCACGAUUGAAUCUCUGAAGAGAGUUGUGGUUGUAGAAGACAUAAAAAGAUGGAAAACUGUGUUGGAACUUCCCGUUCAAACCAAAGAGAAUCUAGUUGAAGCCUUACUAGAAUUAAAGAAGAAAAUACCCUCCAGGGAAGUGCUAAAAUCAACAAGGAUAGGUCACACAGUGAACAAGAUGUGUAAACACCCAGAUUCAGAAGUGGCUUGUCUUGCCAAAGAAGUUUACACAGAAUGGAAAACUUUCAUUGAGAAACAUUUGGAUAGGCCUUCUAUUGAAGUCCGAAGUGAUCCCAAAACAGAGUCACUUAGGAAAAACGCCCGGAAAUUACUCUCAGAAGCCUUGGAAUUAGAGAUGGAUCACCUACUGGUUGAAAAUAUUGAACGGGAAACGUUUCAUCUCUGCUCCCGCCUCAUUAAUGGGCCGUACCGGCGGACGGUGAGAGCCCUGGUCUUCACAUUAAAGCACCGAGCUGAAAUCCGGGCUCAGGUGAAGAACGGCUCGCUGCCAGUCGGCACGUUUGUACAGACCCACAAAAAGUGACCCGAGGACGAUUCUAACCCUGGGACGGACAGAGAAGAAAAUGGGCUUCUCUGCCAUUCAAAGACACUUUUGAGUUUGGGUGAUGGCUGGCGCUGGCUGUGCUGGAUUUUCCCAUGGUGCCGUUCCUUUGCAGACAGAGGAUGCAGAGAGCCCUGGGAGACGGCCUGCAGGAACACGCUUCAUUAGCUGUGGAGCGCUGGUGCUGCCUAACAGGACGCACACUGGCUGUCACUAGGAAGCGCCAUACGCUUGCCGUCACCCAUCACGGGGAAAGGGUGAUGGAUUUCAUUGUGCGUAUGCCAAGGACACCUCUAAACUUCCCCCAUGUCACGCAGAUGAAGUUACUACUUUAUUUCACCACCCUGCAGGUAACUGAAACUCAAUUACUGCUGCUGCUCGCUCCGUUCCAUCCCCCUGAGUUUAGGUAGCUCUGGUGCCUCUCAGAACUCCCCUGUCUGUUCUCUUUGCUCUACCCCAGGGGUGAGACUGCCAGAGCCAGCCGACUACCCCUUCUUCCCAGAGCUCACUUAUCUGAACGUUUCAGCUCUCCCUGGAAGACCUUCUGCGUGGUCUCCAGAGCCCCCAUGCUGAGGCUUCUAAUGAGGAACUGGCCUGAAGCCUCCCACACCUCCGGGUUUAUUUGAAUAUGUUGGCUCUCUCACUUAGGGCUCUGUUUAAGAUACAUAAUGAAAUUUCUCUUGAAUUACCACAGUAGAAAAAAAAUACAUACAUAUAUUUUAAAGUGAAAUAUCUCUAUAUUAUAGGCCUGCUUGAACAAUUAUGUAAAUGCUACUUGCUUUUUUAAA